AAAGAAGAUAUCCAAAACGCUAGCAAAGAAAAAGAAAAUACAUUGGAUUAAGUUAAAGGAAAAGUGCACUACAUGAAGUUGCAUAGAGAAGGGAAUGCUACAACAAGAGAAGGAUAUGUCACAUUAUAACUAUGACAAUAAGUGCAUUUUGCAGUAUUCUAAAAUAUUCUAUUAAAAUGUGUUGGUAUUUAUAUAAAAAAAAGUGUUAAUAUUAGUUGACAGUUGGUUGGUAAUUCAGUUAUGACAAUUAGCAAUAGAUAUGUUAGAGCUAGUUACAUUAGUCAUAGUUUAAUGUGCUCUCUAAAAAUUAAUAACAGUAAUCCUAUAAAAAUAAAUAAUAAUAACAGUAAUGUACAUGAACUACUACACUGUUUCAAUCAAUUGCAUUAUUCAUAACAAAGACAAUUGGCCGGGGAAUUAAAAAAUGAAUUACAAUAAUGAUCAGCGCCACAUUUGAUGUCACAGUUUAAUUUGUUCCCUCCCAAGUUCCACGUACAAAUUCAAGAAACAUUUUUUCCCUUUGAUAAAUGGCAAAGAAAGAAAUUGAGUUGAAGGGUUCUUGCAGAAUCACACUCUGAUUCAAAGAGAGAAAGAGGAAGUGGGGUUGAGCCAAGUUACGAUAUUUUUGUUGAAGAUGGCGAAAGUGACACUUCAUGUGUACGACUUGACAAAUGGGUCGGAGAAGACGAAUAGCACCAUUGUUCACAUCAACAAGAUCUUCAAGAAUGGGAUUGGUCUAGGUGGUAUAUUCCACAGUGCUGUUCAGGUUUAUGGAGAUGAUGAAUGGUCAUUUGGAUUCAGUGAGGAAGGUACUGGAGUUUUUAGUUGCCCUUCAAGGAAGAAUGCAAUGUUUACAUAUCGAAGAUCUCUUGCUCUAGGAAAAACAAACUACAAUAUUUUCAAGGUAAAUCAAAUAUUAAGAGAACUUAGUAAAGAGUGGCCUGGAAAUUCUUAUGAUAGAUUCUCCAAAAAUUGCAACCACUUCUGUGAUGAAUUUUGUGUAAGACUAGGCGUGCCAAAACUACCAGGUUGGGUUAACAGGUUUGCUAAUGUUGGUGAUAUUGCUAUGGAAGUGGCUGGGAAUACAGCAUCAAGGUUUCGACAAGCCAAAACAGAAAUGGUAUCAGCAAGCAAAGCAGCAUACCGAUUCCUCUUUUGUGUUACAAAUAAUGUUAAAACUGAUAUGGAUGAUUCAAAUAGAGAAGAAUCUCCCAUAGUUCAAGUUGCUUGGUUGAAAAAUCUUGUUACUAAUGGUGUGAAACCAUCUACUUCUAGUAGUUCAGAAACUGAGAAUCAUAGUGAGGUUGUGCCUCAACAACAUAUAUAACAAAGUUUACAUCUUCACGUGGUAAUUGAAUGAUAGUAUAUAGUAGUAGAAACUAGCAUUAGCAUAGGUAUGCAUGUAGAUUUAUGUCAGAAACUUAAUUCAAUUUUUUACAUGUUAUUCAUUGUUUAUAAAAAAGUGUAUAGUUAUGAUUUCUUGUUCAUCUCAUUUUUUUUUGAACGGCACCUUGUUUGUAACUGUUCACAGAAAAUGUGGUUGUAAUGUUUUUUCAUAAUCUGACUUGAUUUUAAGCAGAUUGGAGUCAAAUCCCAUGGUAAUGGAAUUUGGUGGUUUGCA